AUGGGCGAGUUCAGCCUUAAGCCCGACAUCCAAGCCGUCACCAGCUUUCUAGAAAUGCGCGACAAGCAACAACCAGCUGACUUUCGAUUGCCGGGUCUGCUAACUCUGGGUCAGUGCAUACGAGGAGCGCUGGACAAGCUCCCGCCCGAGUCCGUCUUUACCGCCAUCGACCUAUUCCGCGCCGCGCUGACGGACCCGCGCGUGAGCGCCUACUACGCCGAGGAGCGCGACUUCCAGACCAUUGACGCCAUUGUCAAGUACGUCAGCAGAAAGGGCACUGCCUGCCCGUACUCGAUGCGUCUCGUCACCCUCCACACACUGUGCAACAUGUUCUCCACGCCGCUCUUCCCCGACAUUGUCUUUGGCGACGUUGCCAUCCGCAAGCAAGUCACAGCGCUCAUCUCGUCGAGCUUCCUGGACGACCACCACACCAACACGCGCGUCGCGGCCUCGUCGCUGCUGUUCAACCUCGCGCUGGCGAACCGCAAGCGGCGCAAGGAGCAGACAGAGGCGCGGCUAUGCGAAGAGGAAGAGGUGGAACUCGCGGCAUCGCUGAUCGAGGCUAUUACGCAAGAGGGCGAGUCGGCGGAGGCGUUGCACGGUAUGCUCCUGUCUCUGGGGCACCUCGUCUUUGGUAUAGACCUGAACGGCGAGCUUGCAGACCUUUUGAGAGCGCUUGAUGCCAAGGACGCGAUCCUGAGCAAGAAAAAGGUUUUCCCGAAUGAGAAGCUAGUGAAAGAGGUCGGCGAGGAGCUACUGGGGAAGGGCUUGUGCAAAACUUGA